UACCCAAGAAGACUCGAGGUUGUAAUCACUGCAAAAGGUGAUUCAAUAAUGUACUGAGUAAAGGGUCUGAAUACUUAUGUAAAUGUAAUAUUGGUAGGUAGGAGGGUGGAGAUGCCUCUCUAUCAUGCCUCACUGCAGAUAUAUAUAUAUAUAUAAUGUGAAAAAAAGUCAAGGGCUCUGAAUACUUUCCGAUUGCACUGUAUAGGGUACCCAUAGGGCUCUGGUCAAACGUAAUGCACUAUAUAGGGUGUAGGGUGACAUUUGAGACCCAUCCCUGGUGCAUUCCUUGUUUGCAGGAAAUGCAAGGGAGGAGGACUUCCUUGUAGUGCAGGGUGGUGACUUCCUCACUGCACCCACAGCUUGCAGCCUCACAGCGGGACUGAAGGUGCUAAGCUGGCAUACCUUUCCAGGAACCUUUGACAAUAGGUUUGAAUCUCCCUGACUCUCUAACAUCAAACUUCUUUCCUUUUGUUUAUGUUUUUAGUGUGGGAGCACCUGUAAGUAGAGAUGAUUAUUUUUCACAUCAUUAAUAUUUGUUUGAGUAGAUAUUUAAUUAUGUAUGAAAGGCUUGGAUACUCUUUAAGAGUCACUCUGUCUAAAUCUCCAUGCUGUGUUUGCUGAGUAUGAUGAAGAGCAACUAAAUGUUUUUCUUUGUUGUGUUUUCAUUCAUAAAGGAUACCACCCCAGUUAUUACACUGUAGGCUUACAAUUUGUCAUAGUAAACUAGUUACUUUCUUCAUUGCACUCAGACAUGACAAGGUAAUUGUUUAAAGGGACUAUCUGGGAUUCGAAAAGCAACAAAGGAGCUAUAUAAACUACAAUGGCUAUAUAUAAUGUAUUUAAAGUCUUAUUUAGUGUAUUUACCAAUUCCAGAUUGCCUCUUAAAAAGUGCCAUGUGUAUACAGUUAUUUUGAUCCCCACUUGUCCUAACUUUUUUGAGGUACAACUUUAAAAUAAAUAUAUAUAAAGAAAUGUUCCGAUCACAGGACGAUGUUGUACACAGAGCUGCUGUGGUUGUGGGAUGAAGCAGUGAAGGCAGUGGAUGCCAGAGACUGGCAGGGAGCCCUGUCUAAACUGAACCAGAUCACUGAACCUACCUCCCGUACUCUGUUUCUGACUGCCUCGGCUCACCUUGCCCUGGGGCAGCUGGAGCCUGCCAUCCAGGCGUUAGACCAGACCAUAGCCAAGGAUGAGCGACUUGCAGUUGGCUUUUUCCAAAGAGCUGGAACACUCAUAAUGGCUAGCAGGCGGCUCUGAAUGACUGUAUCUCGGCUCAGAAACACAUGAGAGGGAACGUGGUCAUUGACUACAGACAGCUGGGGCUACGCUACAAGCUCUACAGCUGGCAGGUCUUGUAUAACGCAGCAGCUGUCCACUCCAGGUUGAACCAGUUGGACAAAGCCAGAGACAUCCUGCUCUCAGCCUCCCAGGAGAAAGGAGGAGGGGGGCGAGGACUGAACGUGGAGAAGGGAGAGGUGCUGCCCGUCCUCCGGGUGCCAGAGGGAGAGGUGUUCCGGCCCAGGAAACAGAACGUAGAACAGCUGGGAGAGAGAGACUUCCUGGGCAAACCAAUGGUAAUUUCCUCAAUGAUUCCCAACGAUGACUUUGGUGGAUUUGAACCUCUCAGGAUUUGAACCUCUCAGGACCAAUAAAGGACUUUUCCCCAUGACCCUGCUGGACCCAGUGGAUGUCAACAAGUCCAAAGGCAGAAAAAAAAAUAAAAGUAUUCCCAGUGGGAUCCCCCUCCCACCGGGGCUCAAGCCGCCCACUCGCCCACAGAGCCAGCUUAGCCACGAAGAACCUCCACAGGAGAGGCCUGAUAGAGAGGCAUCUCCACCCUCCUACCUACCAACCACCUCCACCCCGCCACCCAGGUACCCAUCCACGGUGGACAGUCCUACUGAGCUGACCGAGGACCCUCUGGCCAACUGUACCAUUCUCUACCAGAUGGUGGCACUGUGUGACUAUGCAGCUGAGGGACCAGAGGAUUUGGAGUUCAGCGAGGGAGACACUAUUGACAUUCUCAGUGAAGUCAAUGAAGAGUGGCAGGAGGGUCACUGUGCUGGUAACAUUGGCAUCUUCCCCAGCCUUUUUGCCUACCGGGAAGGAGAGGCCCCCUCAACCAUCGAUCGGAUGACCCUGUUGCUAUCAAAAAAGGAAUAGGCUCAACUCUUGCUCACAGUUAACAACUUGAUACUUUAUUUAAGUUAAAAUGAUGACGGCUGUCAACGGCCUUCAUCAGAAUCAGUACGGAGACGAUGCAGCAUGUCAUCUCUUGGUGUGCUUCUGUGGUUGUCUGAUGAAGGACUACAUCAUUGGGUUUGCUGCAUGCCUGACCAAGCCACGGACAUUUUCCAUCCACUCAGAGGGAAUAGAGUGGGCAUACUGGGUAGCAUUUGACCAACAGGUCAAACUUAAAGUGUUUCACCUCUUCUACUUACUGUCAACUGCUGUGAAUGAAUGUGAACCACUGUUAUACUCUUAUAUGGUUGUUACUUCCUCCAUGAUCAUGUAAACCUGUUAAACUAAAGAAGAUCUAGUGGUAAGAAUGGUGAUGUUUACUUUUGUUGAAGAAAACAUAAUAAGUCUGUUGUGGAAAUCCUACACAGGGACACUCAAUGUCAAUCUUAAAGGAAUCAUUGUUUAUUAACAGUUAACUGGGGAGGUUACUACAAACUUGAUGCACCAUAGAACAUAACAUCGAGGCAUUCCUGUUAGAUCUCUUAUAUACAGCUUACAGACACAUAACAUAGGCAGGAUUUAGCUUGUUCCUCAUUCAUAAUGAAUUCUUCAUUCAUGUUUGGUUCAUGCAUGUGACAGACCAAUACCUCACGAGGCUUCUUCUCUCCAAGCUGUGACCUUGAAAGGGAGAUAACCUUUCGUUCUCAAAACAAGGUUCUGGGCAUACAGAUAGUGAGGAUCUGUUCAAUCAGGCACUUACAUGAACACAGAAAUUGGUUAUUAGAAAAGCACAAACACAACUCAAUUCAUGAAAUAGGACAUGCAAUGCAAUAAUCACAUUCCCUAAUUCCAUUAAAGCUAAUUUACUUGAUUGCCCACAUUGAACAAACUUCAUAACAUGUAUAGACUUCCAGUCUUUCUUAACAGGGCUCUGGACUGACUGGUAGAAAAAUAGAAGCCUGAGUCUGUGUGAAUGAAGUGUAAGGGUAGAGGACCUUGGCUGUAUCCCAAAUAGCACCCUUUUCCCUAUGUAGUGCACUGCAUUUAACCAGGGCCUACAGGGCUCUGGUCGAAAGUAGUGCGCUGUGUAGGGAAUAGGUAGCCAUUUGGCACUCACAUCUUAGUUGGCUGUGCAGUAGAAGUGCAGUGGUCUAGGCUUUAGUUAGUCACUACACAGGAAAAUGUCAGGUACUUUUAGCUGUCGUCACAAAUGAUAGUUAUGAAAAAGAAGGGGCGCAAUGAAGCAUCAAAGAACUCCAUUCAGAUGGCUUAUUAAACCAGAGUCCUUUAGUAAUUAGGCUCAGUCUGUUCCCAUGUGAAGCAUUUACGUCCACCCACCCAUCCUCUGGUAGAACUCAGGGACUAUUGUUGUACACCUACCAGGGAUAAUGGAUGCAUUAUGUGGUGGAUACACAAUCUAUUUGAGAGUGUGAAUAAUGUAGUCAACAACAGUGAAUCUGUAUUACAGGGUAACUCCUACAUAUUUACAUCAUUGAUGAGAUGACGCUUGCAAAAUGAAUGACAAAAUCGUGUGUUCAAAACUAUCCCAAACCAAACACACCUGGUCUGAUUCUAUACUGAACAAACAAUAUAAAACGCAACAUGUAAAGUGUUGGUCCCAUGUUUCAUGAACUGAAAUA